AUGCCUGGCUCGUCGGCUUCUCCCGGCGCCGUCACCUACGCGCCGGAUCUCCUUGCAGCUUCAUCGAAUGCUGCGACUGCGCCUGUUCUUACAGAGGCGGAACAGGUGUACCGCAUCACCGAGGUCAUCCGCGGACUUGGCUUCGGCAACCUGCUGGACGCCAUCGCCGCCGCCCCUCCCGCGCGUGGACAGUCGGACCAGUCUGGCGCAGACGGGGCCGUGUCUACCCAAGCCGAGGCGGCUGCUGCUGACGCCACGGCCUUCCCACCGACCGUGGGAGCACUCCUCUCUGGGCCUUCAACGGUGACCAGUGACGUCUCCGUCACCAACGACCUGGCGUCCGCCGAAGCUGAGAAUCGCCACCUCGAGGCCCACGUGCGAGCACACUCCCCGUCAUCGGUCGCCGAAGCCUACGCCGAGCUUCUCUGUGCGGAGGAGGCCUACGCGGCGGUGGACCGGGAGGCACGCGCGACGGACUACAACCUUCAGAAACGAGUCACCGCCGACGCCGACAAGCUGACGGCCCUCCAACAACAGCGGCGGCAGAUGGCGGCUGCGGUGGCAGCCAUGGAACGGGAGCUUGCCGCAGCGGCUGCGGCCUGUGAGGCGUCCACGGCUUCAGCGGAGGAGGCGAAGCAAGGUGGGGCGCUCCUGAGGGCGGAGGCGAGCACAGCGCCGGCUGUGCACCGCAAACAAGUUAAAUACAUGCAGGCGCUCUCCAGCGCGCCCGCUCCUGCCCACACCCUGCCGGCGGCCGAGGGGAACAUAGUGCCGGCCGCCCCUGCUACUGCAUCGGGGGCCAACUCCCCCCGCGUGACCGCUGCAGCCACCGCCGGUUUCCAGCUUCAGGAGGGCGAUUUCCCGCAGCUGCCACAGGUGAAGGGGAAGACCGCCUCGCCGGGGCGCCGUUCGCGCACGCCGCCGGAGCUCAUCACCGUGGGGUACGUAACUUCGGCGAAGGCGAGGGAGAGGGCCGGAGGCGCACCUGCUUUGGACACCCCGGCGGCGGCUACCGCCGACGCCGCCGCCGACACCGCCGCCGCCGCCGCCGCGGUCGGGGUGGUGCCACCGCCGCUACGCGCACUCCCCAUGGCCGACUCAGAGAAGGCGCAACUGCUCGCACAGCAGCAGGAGGAACUGCGGGGCGGCUGA